CAAAUACGCUCACAAAAUUACGAUUGCAUCAACUAUCUAUCGAAAAUUUCUACGUCGAUGGUCUCGAUUUCAUCUUCUUCUGUUGCUAGCUGUAAUUUUCUCACGCGCCAAUGGUAACUCCCGUCGCCCUACCGUGCGCUGACAAGCGCCUCUCUCUGACUUGCUUUGGAGUCCAAAUCCCGUUGCUUGCCUAGCUGUUCUAGCGAGACCCAAAUUAGAAUAGACAAAACAGCCACGCACGCAUUGGGCACGCACAUGAUGUCGGUCGGUUACAGUCCAUCGAGAAGCCCCGGGAUCUCGAGGAUGCAGUUGGGCGCCGCCGCCUCCUCCCGGCUAAGAUCUUCCUCUAUGAAGAAGCCGCCUGAGCCGCUGCGCCGAGCUGUAGCCGAUUGUUUGUCUGCCGCAGCGCCUUCGCACGUCGAGGCUUCCAGAACGUUGCGGGAUUACCUGGCAGCACAUGCUACGAUUGACUUGGCAUAUGGCAUGAUUCUAGAGCACACACUUGCAGAGAGGGAACGCAGUCCUGCUGUGGUUGGAAGGUGUGUGGCGCUACUGAAAAGAUAUCUUUUAAGGUACAAACCAAGCGAGAACACAUUACUGCAGAUUGAUCGAUUCUGUAUUAGUAUAAUUGCUGAGUGUGAUGUAAGCCCUUACCGGAAAUUGCCACCAUGGUCUCGUUCCUUAGGUGAACAAUCUGGGGUUUCAUCACCAUCUCCAAAUGUAAAUCCUCUGCCCGUGUCAAGUUUUGCUUCUGGAGCACUGGUGAAAUCCUUAAAUUAUGUUCGCUCUUUAGUGGCUCAAUAUGUUCCAAGGCGUUCCUUCCAACCGGCUGCCUUAGCCGGAGCUGCUCCUGCUUCAAGACAAGCAUUGCCGACAUUAUCAUCGUUGUUGAGCAGAUCAUUCAAUUCCCAACUAAGUCCUGCAAGUGGCAAAGAAUCUUUGGAGAGCAAGGAAACAUCAAUCACAUCUGUUUCUGAGACUCCGAUUGCUGAAGAAGUUGAUGAACUUGGAGACCUGGAGUUUAUGGCACUCGAUGUUUUUAGAUGGCGCUGGUGUGGGGACCAACAGUUGUCACUUCUCUUGCCCAAAAGUGAUCACAUACUGAAUCUCCAAGACAUGCGAUCUCAAAAUUUCUUAGAAAUUGGAGCUGCAGCUCUUCUUGUUGGCGACAUGGAAGCCAAAAUAAAGGGUACAUCUUUGAGAGGUUUUGGAAGCGCAGAGAUGCCGUUUCUCGAUCAAUUAUUGCAGCCUUCACUGCUGACUACUGUUACCAAUUCAACCUCAGCUUUUGCCCAUUUGAGAGCAAUAACAGCGCUAAAGCGCACGAAGUCAGGGUCUAAUCAGAUAUGGGAGGAUUCUCCUAUGAGCACCUUUCGACCACGUACAAGACCACUUUUUCAGUAUCGCCACUACAGUGAACAACAACCCUUGCGAUUGAAUCCAGUGGAGGUUUGUGAGGUGAUUGCGGCUGUUUGCUCUGGGGCAUCUGCCAAUUCGAAUCACUCGACUGUCUCGUCUAAGUUAAGACAUAGUGGGAAACCUACUAUGGAUGUUGCUGUGAGCGUUCUGGUUAAACUUGUAAUUGACAUGUACGUUUUGGAUCCCAAGACUGCUGCUCCUCUCGCUCUAUCCUUGCUAGAGGACAUGUUAAAUUCUCCUAAUGUAAUAUCAAAGGCUCGAGCCUUCGAUCUAAUUAUCAACCUUGGAGUGCAUGCACAUUUGUUAGAGCCACCAGUGCCUGAUAGUUCCACUACGAUGGAGGAACACUAUUCCCCGGAAGCAUUCUUUGACAGUGGUUCUCAAAUAUCUUCAGAUGGAAAUAUAAAAGCUGACUUUCUCAAGAAAACUGUAAACGCCUCAGCCAUUGAUAAGUUCGAAAGUUGGAUUCUGGGGAUUCUCUUUGAGGUGCUUCUUCAUCUUGUUCAGAUUGAAGAGAAAGAGGAGGCCGUCUGGGCUUCUUCGUUAAGCUGUUUACUGUAUUUCGUCUGCGAUAGAGGCAAAAUACGAAGGAGCAGAUUAAAAGGUCUUGACAUCAGAGUUAUUAAGGUUCUCAUGCAGAUUAGUAGGAGAAACUCUUGGGCAGAAAUAGUUCAUUGCAAGCUUAUAUGCAUGAUGACGAACAUGUUUUAUCAACUGCCUGAGGCUUUUGAUAAAGUUGUUUCAGCUACCCCCUCAUUUCUUGUUAGCCAAGUUGAUCUGAUUGGUGGAAUUGACUUCAUAUUUGGGGAGUUGGUGCUUUCAGACUCGAGGGAAGAAAGGAGAAAUCUUUAUUUGGUGCUUUUUGAUUAUGUAUUGCAUAAAAUAAAUGUGGCAUGUAUAGCUGCUGGAGUUUCAGAGUACAGUGAUGAUGAAGUACGACCUAUUGCGACCUUGCUUAUGCUUGCAGAUGCACCUGAAGCACUGCAUAUUUCUGUCAAAUUGAGUGUUGAAGGUAUUUUGGAACUACUGAGGAGAUCAAUUUCAGCAGCAUUGUCCACAUAUCCUAAUAAUGAUCGACUCUUAAAGUUAUUGGAGAAGAUAGUAGAGAAGUUUGACACACUCAUAGGAUCAUUCACUCAUGUAGAUGCCGAGUUCACCCAAAUGAUUCAGAUCACAAAAUUAUUCAAAUCUAUCGAAAGCAUCGACAGAGGUGUUGGGAAUGCUGCUACUAUGAAAGCAAGUCUCUCUUGGACCACUUUACAUUCUCUUCUUCAUUCAGAACGUAGAGCUUACCGUCAUAAUGGGUACUUGUGGUUGGGUGACUUGCUGAUUGCAGAGAUCAGUGGUGAAGGGGAUACGGAUCUCUGGUCAAGCAUUAAAAAUCUGAAGGAGAAAAUUUCGCUUGCUGGUGUUAAUGAUUAUUCGGCUGCUUUAGAUGUUCCUUUACCUAUUUGGCUUAUGUGUGGGCUUCUGAAGUCAAAGAAUAACCAAAUCAGAUGGGGUUUUCUGUUUGUUCUGGAAAGGCUGCUGAUCCAGUGCAAAUUUUUGCUAGAUGAGAAUGAAGUCCAGCAUGUGAUACGCAAUCAAUCGGCUCCACAUAUUCAUGACAAGAGUCGUCUUGAGAAAGCAAAUGCGGUCAUAGAUAUCAUGAGCUGUGCCUUAUCCUUGAUGGUUCUAAUAAACGAAACCGACCGAAUGAAUAUUUUGAAGAUGUGUGAUAUUCUACUUUCUCAACUUUGCCUCAAAGUUGUUCAUACUGACGUGACGUCAUUUGGAGAUGUAGUCCACAAUAAAGGUUCUAGUAACCCGGAAAAGGUGGUGGAUAAGGCAGAUGGUGCUGAUAAUCUUUCUGUAAUUGAGAAUGUUGGGCAUGGUGAUUUAAUAGGAGAUCCUAGCACCAAACUUGGAAGAAAUGUACAUACUCCAGUUUGUGGUACUGCAUCCAUGGGAACAUUGCUUCUUAAUGGACAAGCCAUUGUGCCCAUGCAAUUGGUUGCUCGUGUUCCUUCUGCGCUAUUUUAUUGGCCUUUGAUCCAGCUUGCUAGUGCUGCAACAGAUAAUAUUGCACUGGGAGUCUCUGUAGGUAGCAAAGGAAGAGGGAAUCUUUCGGGUGGCACAUCGGAUAUUAGAGCUACACUUCUCUUACUUUUAAUUGGCAAAUGUACAGCAGAUCCAGCUGCUUUCGUUGAUGUUGGUGGGGAAGAAUUCUUCAGGGAAUGGUUGGAUGAUACAGAUGCAAGAAGAAUGAUGACAGAGCAACCGGAACAAUACCAGCGCAUGCUUCAUAGUCUUGUUGCAAGAGCUCAGCAGAGCAACAAUGAGAAGUUACUGGAAAAUCCGUACCUCCAGAUGCGGGGCCUGCUUCAGCUGUCGAAUGAAUAAAUACAUUUUUUUCGGCUUCCAGCUUUCAAAUGAAUCAUUUCUCUUGCUUGACUGGUUUGAUUAAGGAUUGCCUUUGCCUGACUACUCCUGUUGUCCUGUUGAGUCUCUUUACCGUGAAAACUUGUGGUUAAGCUGUGAAAUAGAAUGCUUCUGUCCUAUAAUGGUUCGAAUAGUUCAACUGUAUUUAUAGUUCUUCUUAGUGUAAUUAAAAUUGGUAGAUGUCCUUGUAAACUGCCGUUGGAUGAACGAGUACUUUGUUUGUGAUUUGUGCUUCAAGAGCUUUUCUUAUUUUAUUGGAUGCUGAAACAAGAGAAACUGAGUCUCCACUCAAAAGAUGUACUUACAAAAGCCUCUACUUGGAAGAGUUGAUACUUAAGCUCUCGUCAGGUUUUGGGUGUUGUUACAUGAGAAGAACACAGGAGGAAAUAUAUCUUUUGUUGUAUUUACUCAACCAAAGCACAAAGUUCUUUGGUGAAGGUCCAAUCUUUACUUCAGUGGAGCAUUUCAGAAGACUACAUAAGAUUAUUGUUUAUAGAAAACAUCAAGGAGCUGAUUAAUGUGUAUAGCUUUACUACAGUUUGUUUCUGGUGCACUUUGUCUGUAAUUUUCUUUUCCAUUUAUGCCGCCCUUGAGGUACGAGCAAAAUAGGGGAAUGUGUAGAUUUGUGUUGUGGUUUGUGAUGCCAUUUUUAACUUUCAUUUCUAACAUGUAAGUAACUCUAUUUGUCAAUCAAUGCAAUUAGGUGUCAAAACUUAGUCCUGGGUGUAACCUUUUGGUUGGCUUGUUCAAGGGAUUUUCUGAAGCAAAAAAGAAGAAAAAAAA